AUGGGGGAGCGUGGCAAGUUAAUGCUAUACAUGGCAUUAGAUAAAAAUACAGGAGGCGAUACCUGGAGAAUAGUUGAACUUGGAGGAGAAUGUAGCGGGUCAACAGCAAGCUGUUCUGGUAAUAGAGGGAAUGACCAUGAUAGUUUGCUGAACCAUGAACUCAUCGAUCCAAUACCGAGCUGUUCUUUUAACACUAGAAGCAAUGAUCCAAUAACGAGCGAAAUCAAUGAUAAAACCGACGUAAAUCCAUCAUCCUCUAAUUUGAACCACCAUACCAAUGAUGAUAGUUCAGGUAGUAGCUCUUCAUCAACAAUUUUAGAAGAUGUUACAACUGGUGACUCCAAUUAUAGUCCAUCAAAAAGUGACGCUGAAUCAUCAACACCAUCUGAAUCGCAAGUUCCCUCAUCAUCCGAACCGCAAGUUCUCUCAUCAUCCCUUCCUAACGAUACAUUAAUUCAAGACAAAGAAGAUGCCACGGAAAUAAAUAAGGAUAAAAAAUCAAGAAAACGUAAAGCUGAUAAAUCAACGGAAGAAAAAUUUGGCGAAAAAGUUAAAAGAUCAAGGAAAAGCAUACAAAAGUCUACAACUAAUAAACCAAUGAAUGAAAGAACUAUGGGAGCCCCUUGCAACGAUACAUGUAGGCUUAAAUGCUACUUAAAUAUACCAAAUGAAACAAGAAAACAGAUUUUUCAAGAAUACUGGGGCUUUGGUGAUCCUAAUAAACAGCGCGACUUUAUAUCCUCCUGUUUGGUUGCAAUGAAACCCAGAUAUCAGUAA